UGGAUGUGGAAAAGAGGAAUAGAAAUUCAGAGGACUAGUUUUGUAUAUUUCCCAAGCAAAUUUGAAAAGGUCUACUGAUUCUAUAUUUGCCACACAAAAAAGCCAUUUUAAAGAUUAAUUUUUUACACUGGAAAUAGAACUGAAAUUUGAUCUCUCUCUCUUUGACUGGAUUUUUUUUUACUGUCAUGCUAAUGACAAAUUCUGAUGCAUCAGGAAUCUAGCAUCCAAUGACAUUGUGUUUCACUGAGGUGCAAAGCUCGGAAAUGGAGGGUAGUGCGUUAUUGAGAUAGACCAAGUGCUUUUGGUGGGAUUAUCAAGGAUAUCAUUCUCAAAUUAAAAAGGCAUGUUUGCUUUGGUGAGGAUACUGAUAACACCUGAGACAUAAUUUCAACAGGUAUUUGUUCUCACACAGGUGGAGAGAUUACCUAGUGAUAAUCUCCGCUGAAUCCGGCAACAGUCCUGGAUCCACUAUGGGAGAGUGAUUGAUAGCUAAUGGAUAAAUGGCUGUGAUUUUGGGGCCCUGAUUAGAUUCCUGGUUAUUAAUAUUUGAUUUAGUAGGUGAACUUGACUGACGGAUACUGUGUUCCAAUUGUCCCUGUUGGGGGAUAUGUCCUAUUAAUUUGAUUUGUGACUUUUCGCUGCGUGCUCGAGUACCGUUACAUGAUGGAUAUCAAGCUGCGGAUGUCAAUUUAUCGGAUGUCCACUCAUCCAGUUAUUAAUCCACGAGGUGUUGCAUGUAAUAAAAAGACUGUGAGUCGAGCGAGCAGUAGAAAGUCUCGACCAGAGAGCAGUGGAUCUCGACUCGAGAGGUUCGGCCCCAGCUCGGACCACAGUGAGAGUGAUGACGAGAUACCCCACAAACCACGAGAGCACCUGCCUGAGAUAGCAGACUUCACUACAGUAGAUAUCAAUGAUGAGAAAGCCUUUGACACCGAUCUAGAGGAUAAAGGAGCAGGUGCAGCCCCCGGAGUUUCUAUAGACCUGGUGGCAGACUUCCAGUAUCUGAGAACAGCUUACGCUAUAGACACAAACCUCAAGUUUAGCGAUAAUCUCUUUGCUGCUCUCAAAACCACCACUGCCUAUGAUCCUACAGGAAGGACAGCCUACAUUGAAGGAUGCAAAAAAGUAGGAGUGGUUCCUGCCUCUUACUUUCUACGCCAUAUGAACGACCCUCACCUCAGUAUGAAACACCACGGUCUGGGGUCCCAGGGAAUGAGGGCAAUUGCAAUGUCUCUAGUGUCCAAUACCAGUGUUUUGACCCUUGAUCUCAGUGACAACUGGCUAGGACAUCCAGGAGGCCAUGCCGUCUGUGAAAUGCUCAGGGAUAACUGUUUCAUCACACAUUUAGAUUUAUCGGACAACAAAUUCGGUCUGCAAACAGCAGAAUCUUUGUCCCAAACACUACAGCAAAACUCCACCUUAACACAUGUCACGUUGUCUGGUAAUGAUUUUGAUGACAAGGCAGCAGUUCACUUCUCAGAUGCAAUAAUGAACACAACAAAGCUAGAGUACUUAAAUUUGAGCCAUAAUUUAUUCGGGGAGAACGCAGGAAUUAUCCUGGGUCCGGCCAUUGCUGACAACAGCUCACUGAAAGAACUGGACCUCAGCUGGAACUCAAUACGCAGGAAAGGCGCCGUGGCCAUAGCUCAGGGCAUAAAGAAUAAUGUGUAUAUGAAGAAAAUCAACUUGGCAUGGAAUGGUUUCGGACUUGAAGGAUCUAUUGCAUUUGGUGAUGCUUUGAAAGGCAACCAAGUUUUAGAAGAGCUGGAUUUAACGAAUAACAGAAUUACCUCAGAAGGAGCUGUUUUGAUAGGAAAAGGAGUUUCUGUGAAUGAAACUUUGACAACAAUUAGACUGGGAAGAAAUCCAAUGCAAACAGCAGGCUGUUAUGGAAUUUGUGCUGCCAUUCUCAGAAAUCCAAACUGUGCACUCAAAGAACUGGAUUUUAAGGAUAUUUUAGUGAAUAAAGACUUUGAUGAUAUUUUCAAACAAGUGCAAGAGCAGGUCCCUGAUAUCAAAAUGAGACACGGGGGCAUGGAACCACCCAAAAAACCACGGGCCAGGAUCCACCCCAUGGUCAAAUUGACCAACUAUAUAGAAAAGAACAAUCUCCGCCUCGUCGACUUCUUCAAUAAAUUUGACAAGGAUGGAAGUAUGAGCGUAACCUAUGAGGAGUUCCAGCAAGGCAUUGAGUGUGCAAAGACGGCUUUACAAAAACUUGUGAAAUCCGAGGCCCUGAAGGACACAGGAAUUAAGCUGACUCAAGAGGAGGUUCAGAUUCUGCUGAGUGAACUCGACAGUGAUGGAGACGGCGAGAUCAACUUCAGUGAAAUGGUUAGUGGACACACAGGGUUCCAGGAGAGUCAGCAAGAAAACAUCAACGUAAUACUGACAGCCACCCAGCCAAGGCCUGUAACAACGUAGCGGGGCACGGCUUGUAACGAGUUCCAGUUCUAUAUAUUCAACAAGACUGCACCCUCUUAAAUU